UGAUAAGAAAGAGAAACUAAAUGUUUAUUUGUAGUUUAUUUGAUCAUUAUUCAGAUACUUGAGUUUUUGUCUCAUGGAGCUCCAUCUGGAAACAUUUCUAUUUUAAAAACAGACCGCUGCUCUGUAUAAUCCCUCCUCAUGGGUUUUUAUAAUACUUUAUAAUAAAUAAAGACACAAAUAAACCUGUGUAUUUAUUGUGUAUUUAUUAUUGCAGAAUUAAACUCCACUAAAUCUAUAAAUCAACUCUCAAUAUAGAAGUUUAUUUCAACUUGUAAUUGUCUUCAGAGGCAGACCUCCUGUCUGUUUGACUCAGGUUGAUUUCACCUGGAGACCUGUGGAGCCUCACAUGGAGCUCUGCUCGGUAAGCCUCUUAGGGAUCAGGAGCCAGCAGAUGGAGAGCAGAAUGCAGUCAGGAGCUCCUGCCUGAGCGGAGAGACCCGACGGACAACAUCAACUAAUCAUCUCCUUCUCUUAGAAAGCAGAGCCAUGCUUCCUCAGGACGUCGGGCAGCAGAAGCCACGCCGUGUGUCGGAACCGAUGCUCGGGCCGGACGGUCCUCCGGUUCCGGCUCCGGUUCCGGUUCGGCGCUUCAAGACCCGGGACUUCCCUCUGAGCGUGAAGGUGAAGCGCCGGCGCUCCGGAUCCGCACCUGAGCGCCGGGUGAACUGCGUCCUGGUUGGAGACGGAGCGGUGGGGAAGACCAGCCUCAUCGUCAGCUACACCACCAACGGAUACCCCACGGAAUAUGUUCCAACAGCCUUUGACAACUUCACCGUGAUGGUUGUGGUUGACGGGAAACCAGUGAGACUGCAGCUCUGUGACAUGGCUGGACAGAAAUGGGGUCUGGUUGAUGGAUCAAUCAAUGACGAGCUGGAGCGCCUCCGACCUCUGUGCUACAAGAACGCCGAUGUCUUCCUCCUCUGCUACAGCGUGGUCCGCCCCUGCUCCUUCCGCAACCUGAUCCAAAGGUGGGUUCCCGAGAUCCGUCAGCACUGCCCCGGAGCGCCCCUGGUCCUCGUCGGCACCCAGCUGGACCUGAGGGAGGACGUCCAGGUGCUGAUUCACCUGGCACAGAACCAGCAGCGCCCGGUGGGCACCGAGGAGGGCCGGCAGCUCGCCCAGGAGCUCGGCGUGGUGGGCUUCGCCGAGUGCUCGGCGCUGACCCAGAAGAACCUGAAGGACGCUUUUGAUUCGGCCAUCUUGGCCAGCAUCCAGCAGACGGACAGCUGUAGUGUCCAGCAGCAGAGGAUGACUCUGAGGAAGAAGACGCCCGAUAAGAUCAAGAGCCUCUCGGAGAUCUGGUGGAGGAAGAUCAACUGUCUGGUGGGAGAGCAGAGCUGUGACUUCAAGUGAACAGCUGCACAACUACUAACCUGGGUCACAUGUUUGCAAACCCUUUCUAGAUCUGGUUAGUUUCAGCCUGCUGGCAGACGGUGCCAGAUGGGGGGGGGGGGGGAUUAGCACCACACGGGACAACACAACAAGUUCCACAAAGAGCUCACAAAUGCAGGUUUGUGACUCACAAGGUGCCACUUCAAAUCCCCGACUGACAGUGAAAGUGUGGGUGGGGGACGUCCACUUGGUUUUCCACGUGAAGAUCACUCUACUUGAAUGGAGGAGCACUACGCAGGAGCACUGCGCAGGAGCACUACGCAGG